CUGUUCACGUUUUGUGUAGUUUGAGCUUAGUCAAGCUCAGAACUGAAGGACAAACAUUGUAAACAGCAAAUCUUGCUGAAAAGUCUUGCUAAUCCUGGGUUAGCUUAAUCAGGCUUUGAACAGCCCAGCCCAGGGUUAUAAAAACUACCUGUGGCUGGCUGCGAAUGAAAAUCACUAUCUGCGUCAUGAUCUUGCCUGGCUACUCGGGGCUACUCUUCUGAAUACUGCAACAGUAAAACCCAAUUGCUUUUAUUAAAUCUUUGUGACGACCCUGAACCUUUCUACCACCAAAUCUAAUGGGUAGCAAACAUAAAUGCCAAAGGGAAAAGAGAAUUUUAAAAGAAGCCCACUAUGAAAUAUGAAUUACAUACAUGUAAUUGCAGUGAGUUUUGGCUAUUGAAGUGACAUUCAGUAAGAUGGAAGAAUGAAAAAGAACAAACAGGUGGUUAUAAAGAUUGGGAAUGUUCGAGAUGUAUGCUUAGGAUGAUCAACUCAUGUAAUUCGGGUCCAUAUUUGUCAAAAUCUUGAUAAAAAAAGUAAAUAGAAUCUUGGUCAGGAUUACCUGGAAAUACUAAUCAAAAGUUUGUUAGGUAGAUGACUUGAAAAAGCACAAAAAUCCUGAAAAGAAGAGAUCUAUAAUUUCUAUUACAUGUACGCAGGGUUCUCAUUAAUUUAGGGAGUAGAAGGCUUGCUUCAAGAAGUAGAUGGUUGAUACCAAUUUUGAGUGCCAAAGGCACAAGCCCCUAGGGGGAUCUGGGGGCAUGCUCUCCUAGAAAAUUUUGAAAUCGAGAGGCUCUGAAAUACUAUUUCAGGCAUUCUUUUGGAUAUAUUUCCUCAAAAAUAGUAAAUUUUGGAAAAGGCCAAAACGCCAAGAAUUUUAAGGGACAGAGCAGGACGUGUGCUUUUGCUUUCAAUGGGUAGUGUUUCCACUGGAAUUGAUGCUGUAGAUGUGCUUGGCAUGACACAAUCCACACUGGUAUCGAGCGAUGACUCCACUACUGACUGUUAGACUCAACUACUGAUUCUUCGAGCACUUCUGCAGCUUUUUUCUUUUUUACAAAUCCCAUCGUUUUUUGCUGCAUCAGUCUUUUUGUUGGGCCUGAGUCGGCCAUCUUCAACAUUUGCAGUACAAAUAACGAAUUACCGGUAACUCUGUACGUAAUCGAGAUUCAUGCUGGGCUUGGUUUGUGAUUGAGGAUGCAUGUCUACAAAGCAAUAUGGCAGUUUGUUGGCGAGGUAAACAUGAACCAGCUAGGAAUCAAAACAGACCUUAACCAGCAAGAAAAUGUGAAGGCUAAUUUUAUUGUGCAAUGCAAAAAUGGCUUAGAAGGAAGUUGUCCCCUUUGAUGGCAGACAUUUUUAUUUAUUUUCAUUACUUUCACGAAAAGUAGGCAGCUCAGAAAUCGAAGUAUCCGGUUCUUGAGCCGGUGGCCGACACUUAAUGAGAACCCUGUGUGUGGUGUCUGCUACUGUGGCAUUGUUUCAUGUACCCAAGCCAUAACUAGAUCAGUUGUUAUCCUUUAGCAGGACUGAGAAGUGUUGAGUUUUCUGGUAAAAUCUCAUCUUGGUUGAAUUUCAACCUGUAUUCUGUAAAGCAAGCUGAUCCAGAUGUUAGUCACCAGAGAACUGUAGCUAUGAUGGACCUUUGACAAUUAGAUUAUGAGCUUGAGAUUUCUAUGAGGUAAUAACUUUGAUGAGACCAAAGGCCAAAUCAACUAUCAACUCAUAGAAAUCAAGAGCAAAUAAUCCAAUUACUUUUUAAAAUUCGUUCUUAAAUUUUCUGCAGCUAUCCUUUUCCAAUUUUUUUUGUACGUCGUGUUUAACUUAACAUUUUAGAAAAAUCGCUUGGACUGAAUUUUCGCUCAGAAUUUACUGUUGUGUAUGCACGUUCACCUAGUUUUUUUUUGAAGUCACAAAACUGUAAAUGCCCUUCAGUUUAGUCUUCCCAGCAAUUUAAUUAUCCAUUUGUAUUUAAAUGUUUGUCCAUAACUUCGCAAAGACAAGAAAACGUUGUUAUUUUAAAGAUGACCUCAAGCCACUGCAUUCUAAUGGCUGAUAGUGUACAAGUAGCGCAGCCAAUCAGACUGCAGCAUUUGCAUUAACAUACUGGUAGAAUUCUACUAAUUUCUGUUACAACUGGGAUAUAAUUUUGAAGUUGACCUUGUAAAUGUUAUUAAAUUGCAGUGUGGUAACAUGUAUUUGUAAUCCUGCACGAGAAAACAUACAGUAGAUCUCUAAAAUGAUUUUUUUUUGGGUGCUAAAAUUUUCUUUUUAGGUUAAUGUUUUGGACAGACUGGGGUGAGCAACCCAAAAUAGAGCGAGCUGAAAUGGAUGGCUCCAACCGUGGAAUAAUCAUCCGACAUGAUAUUCAUUGGCCCAAUGGGCUUACAAUAGACUACAGUAAUGAGAAAAUAUACUGGACAGAUGCAAAAUUGUUUUAUAUAGCUAAAGCUAAUUACGAUGGUUCAAACCGUCAGAGAAUAUUCAGAACUCCCAUGCCCAGUCAAUGUGUACUGGGCCAUCCAUUUGCCGUGACAUUAUAUGAGAAUAAAAUUUAUUGGACUGAUUGGAAAACAAGAGGCAUUCAUUCUACGAACAAGAAUACUGGUACACGUUGUCAGAUGGUUUGGUCAAAUGCUUAUUCUCCUAUGGAUAUUCAUGUGUUUGAACCAAGAAGACAGCUGCCAAGGCCUGGGCAAAACCCGUGCAAUUCCACCUCAAAUGGAGGAUGCAGUCAUCUAUGUCUGUUGAAUGCUCAUAGUCAUUCAUGUGCUUGCCCGACUGGUGUGAAGCUUUUAUCUGAUGGGAAGACAUGCGAGCAAAGUCCUAUCCAUUUCUUAUUAUUAGCAAGGAAGGAGGACCUGCGUCGCAUAUCACUUGACACACCUGAUCUUACUGAUGUGGUUGUACCAGUUUCUGGUAUUAGGCAUGCAGUUGCCAUCGAUUUUGAUCCAGUCGAUAAAUUUCUUUAUUGGAGCGAUGAUGAGAAACUUGAAAUCAAGAGAUGUAGAAUGAAUGGACAAACCGUUGAUGUCCUAGUUUCCAGUGAAGUUAAACAUCCUGAUGGUGUCGCAGUUGACUGGGUUGCACGGAACUUGUAUUGGACAGACACAGGCACUGAUAGAAUUGAAGUCAGCAGGCUGAAUGGCUCGUCAAGAAAAGUUCUUAUCAGUGAAAAUCUUGAUGAACCUCGAGCGAUAACAUUAGAUCCAACUCAUGGGUACAUGUACUGGACUGAUUGGGGAAAGCAUCCGAAGAUUGAACGAGCAGCACUGGAUGGGAGUCACCGCACCAUUUUGGUCAAUGACUCCGUGGCGUGGCCUAAUGGUCUUACCAUUGAUUAUCUUUCCCACAAGAUCUACUGGGCUGAUGCCAAGCUGGACAAGAUUGAGGUCAUGAAUUUGGAUGGGAGUAGUCGCAGAGUGGUCCUGAGUGACAAGUUACCGCACAUCUUUGGUUUUACUGUCCUUGGUGAUCGUCUAUAUUGGACAGACUGGCAGAAAAGGGCUAUAGAGAGUGUGAACAAAAGAACCCGCAAAGACAGACAAACAAUCAUUGACAGCUUGCCUGAUUUGAUGGGAUUGAAAGCUGUCAAUCUUAACCUCACAUAUGGUUCUAAUGACUGCCAGCAUAACAAUGGAAAUUGUAGUCAUCUGUGUUUAUUCAGACCUUCGGGGGUUAAAUGCGAAUGUCCAAACGGGAUGGAGCUGCUUGCCGAUGAAAGGAGUUGCAUACUACCAGAAGCAUUCCUGUUGUUCGCAAACCCCGAUGACAUCCGGAGAAUUUCUCUUGACACCAAUAACGGCAAUGUUAUUCCCUUGGUUGGUGUCAAAGAAGCAAACGCUCUUGACUUCAGUGUUCACGAUAUGCAGAUUUAUUGGACAGAUGUGACCCUCAAGUCGAUAAGUAGAGCAUUCCUGAAUGGCAGUAGCAUAGAGCACUUGAUUGUUGUGGACUUACACUUUCCUGAUGGCUUGGCAGUUGAUUGGAUAGCCAAGAACCUUUACUGGACAGAUUCUGAGCUUCAGAGAAUAGAGGUGGCAAGGCUAGAUGGGCAGCACAGGAAGAUGUUGAUUUGGAAAGACUUGUGGGAGCCGCGGGAACUGACUCUUGAUCCAGUGUCAGGGCAUAUGUACUGGGCGAAUGGCGGAGAGGAACCAAAAAUAGAGAGAGCAGACUUAGAUGGUUCAAACAGGCGUACAGUUGUCAUUAAUGUCACACGUCCAACCGGCUUGACAAUCGACUUUUCAUUGGGACUUAUAUUCUGGGUGGAUGCUGAAAACAAGGUGAUUGAAUGUGCAUAUUUAAAUGGGACAAACCGCCGAACCAUUGCAACUGAACUACCAAAGCCUUUUGCCUUGACCCAGUACAAAGAUUUCAUAUAUUGGGCAGACUGGAGGUUGAGCUCAAUCUACCGUGCAAACAAAUCCAAUGGAAUGGACAGGACGCAAAUUAAGGGCAACAUAGACUUCAUUAUGGAUAUUCUGGUUUUUCACAGCAGUAGACAAGAAGGUUGGAAUCUCUGUGCUUUCAAUAAUGGCGGCUGCAGCCACCUUUGUCUUGCUAAACCUGGAAACAGAAUAGAGUGUUCCUGUCCAACGCAUUACACAUUAUCACCAAUUGACAAUAAAAGCUGCAAAGCUCCUCGCCUUUUUAUGCUGUACAGCACCAAAACAGACAUUCGCCGAAUCCUCUUCAACUCAUCGGACAAUCUUGAUGUGGUUUUACCCAUUCGUGGUCUAUCAGAUGUUCAGGCGAUCGAUUAUGACAUUAACAGCCAUCUUGUCUUCUGGAUUGAUGGUACCACCAAGACCAUUAGAUGUGCUUUUCAAAAUGGCACCAAUUCUAAGAUAAUUAAACUGGAUGCAGGUGCAGUGCCGUAUGAUCUUGCCAUCGAUCCUUAUGGACAGCAGCUCUUUUGGACGGACACUGCAUCCAAUAGCAUUAAAGUUUACAGUCUGAAGAAUAAGACAAACCUCGGUGUUGUGUUCCGGGAAAAGAAUUUUUAUCCGCGGUCUAUUGUACUUCAUCCUGAGAAAGGGUUAAUGUACUUCACCAAUGACAAUCCUGAGAAAAAGUGCAUCGUGCGAGUGACAAUGGGUGGACUCGACAGCCUGAUGUUGUUCAGCGCAAAGUCCCCUGGUGACUUGGCAAUUGAUAAGCAGGGCAGAAAGCUUUUCUGGACGGAUACAGAACUGAAGAAGAUCGAGUACGGCGAUUUGGCAGGAACAAAUCGCGCCACUCUGGUGGACAUGAAUGUAUUGCAUCCUGUAGGAAUAGUUGUGUUUGGAGACUACGUUUACUGGAUUGAUCGAGAAUCUCGUACUGUCAUGAAAAUCAAGAAGGGAGGUGAAAUCCCUAGGGUUCUUGUGCAGGCAGCCGUUGAUGACUUGUCUGACAUGAUAGUUGUUGACGCUAGGAAGUCCACAGUUGAUCACCCGUGCGCCAGGAACCGUUGCAGUCACAUCUGUUUGGUUGGAUCUCACGGCCAGACGCAAUGCUCAUGCCCCGUUGACAAUAUCCUCAAUGGAGACAAUUCCACUUGUGGAGCUCCCAAGACAUGCGAACCAUACGAGUUUGCUUGCUCCAGUGGAGGUUGCGUGAAUGAAAAUUGGCUUUGUGAUGACAGGGAAGACUGCAUUGAUGGCAGUGAUGAAAAGAAUUGUACACCCUGCAAAGAUGGAGAAUACCGCUGUAGCGGAGGCAAGUGUAUUAGCGUGAAGAAACUUUGCGACAAUGAAGCAGAUUGCGAUGAUGAAUCAGACGAGGACGAUGAGAACUGCCCAUUGAAAUGUCUCAAGAACCAGUUUGAAUGUGUUGUGAAUCACAUCGUUAUCAAGUGUAUUCCUUUGGAUUGGAAGUGCGAUGGUGGCGGAGACUGCCCUGGCGACUUGGAUGAAAUGGACUGUGAUCUCCCUGAAGGCAAUUCAACAGACCCUGGAUCUACUGGUGUCUUCCAUCCUUCAAAUCUCAGCGGUAAAAUGGUGGGCGUUAUUGUGGCGUCAAUCAUUGUUUGCGUCAUCUUUCUUACCAUCGCUGUACUGAUAUGCCGCAGGCUCAAGCACGGCCCUGACUGUAACGUGACUCAUGACAUAGGAUUAGUUGUGACUCCAGUGCUUCGUCCCAGGCCUCCCUCGUGCGCGUCUUCAUCUUCCUCAGCAUCUUCCCGCCGUGACAUGUUCGUGACGGCGCCGUUGCGGAAAGGUCCCGGAUCGGCUGGCUCGUCUAAUAAGCGGUCAAAAUCAAACGGCACGGCUCCGAGCUUAAGCAACCGUUCAAGUGCGUCGCAAACUGCUUACGACCGGAACAAUUUAACUGGAGCGUCAUGCUCCUCGACUGCGUCUACUGUAGUCACGGCAUACCUUCAUGAACCUUUGAAUCCACCGCCGUCGCCUGUGACGGAACGAUCUCAGUAUACUUCGCGGUCUCGUCCAUAUUGCGAGUCCCUGUUAUCGCCGUCAUCGUGUACAUCACACCGAUACCACCGGCCCAGAAUGCCUCCGCCUCCAACGCCUGCUUCAACCGACGUCGAGUCCAUAGGGAGUCGGCAUCGCUGUCGUAGACUACACCGUUGCCGGUACCAGCGGUACGAGCCUUCCACCUGCACGGAGGCGGCGUACGAUUCGGAUUUGUUCGCGCCGCCUCCGACGCCAAAUACGAACUAUCUUUCGGAGGCGACGCAUUUUUCAGAUCAAGAGGGGCCGCCCCCAUCUCCUGUAAUGACUGAGAGGAGCUUCCAUCCCCACCCUUACCCUCCUCCGCCUUCGCCAGUGACUGACGCGCCGUCAGUCGUGUUGUAACACAAGUGCGCAGAAGGGGAAUCUAUAUCUGCGUGACUUCUGUCACGUCGGUGUCUCGCUCGCUACAAUGGACCACGCGGAAAUUGCGUGAGCUAUAACUGACGUUAUUUCACUUUAUCGUCAAUACAGAAAAGACGUUUCAAAGAAUUGUACGUGGCCGUGCGAGUUGAACUCGCGGAAACUCCAACGCGUAACCUGCGAGGAUGUUGCGCGUUUAAUUCGCGAGGAACAGAGAAGAAAGUCGACGAUGUCGAAAGCACCACUCUAGCGGAGCAACGAAACGUUGAAUGAGCUUCAACAAUAUUAUAAUGAAGUAAAGUAACGUUCUCCGACGUUUUGGUAGGAUAAGAAAGGGAAUAAUUUCUGUCGUCCUGAGUCAGCGGAUAAACAGGAACUCGUUGUACACUGUAGUUAACCUUGGGAAAUCUUCUGAAAGUCGAUUAGUCAAUUUUGAACGAUCUCCAGUUUGAAGCCUGCAAAUGUUCUCUGCUUUUUUUGAGCUAUUUUGUGUUUUUUAGUCCUAUAUUUUUGUACAAGUUCUGGCGUUAUGUUGGUGUUUGAUCGUGUUGAGUUUUUUUUGUUGUUGUUGUUGUUCAGGUUUGCGUUUUGUGGUUGCGUUGAUCGUUUUCUUUUUUCACUGAAUUACUCAUUCUCUUUUGGAAGUUAAUCAUUCCAAUUGAAUUUAUAUUCACUGUUGGUGAAUCUGUUCAUGGUAAAAAGCACUUCGUAGGCUUGCUGAUUCAUUGGUUAAUAUCAUUUUCGUUUAUCAGCUCUCUGCAGGUAGAAACAUUAACAUGGCUUUAAAAUGUCUGCAAAUUAUUUAUUGUAAAUAUUGUAUAUAAUUUGUAAAUGGUGCUUUACCUGUAACCAAGAGUAUCUAUUGUCAAGCAGUUUUGCUGAUGACUUUUAAAUUUUCUUAGAUUAAUAUAUUUUUAAUAAAGAUGUUUGUAUAAAUGA